CUAAUUGUGAAAGCUGAGUACAAUGUCUUAUAAGGAAAAAUUGUUAACCCGUAGAGAUCUCUAACCCUUAAAGAGAAUGUUGGUCGACACAUCAGUGCAAUUUACCGUUAAAAACCUACAGUAUCAAUCGGGUGCGUCAUACACCCAUUAUUUGAGAAGGGACACAAAGGACGGAGGGGGGUUGAUUAAUUUAGCAUUUUUCAAACACAUGAAAAAGCUUUUUCCUGAAACCUAAAGCCAUAGUCAUUAUGCCUAAUUUUAUGUAAUAUGUAAUACAGUGCAUUCAGAAAGUAUUCCCUUUUCCACAUUUUUAUACGUUACAGCCUUAUUCUAAAAUUGACCUGUAAUGGUUUUCUUGUGGGGAAAGAGAGGCGGACCAAAAUGCAGCGUGGUUAGUUUUGUGCAUCUUUAAUAAAGAUGAAAGUACGACAAUCUACAAAACAAGAAACGUGAAAAAACCAAAACAGUCUAAUGCUGGUGCCGCAAACACAAAGACAGGAACAAUCACCCACAAAACCCAACACAAAACAGGCUACCUAAAUAUGGUUCCCAAUCAGAGACAAUGACUAACACCCGCCUCUGAUUGAGAACCAUAUCAGGCCUAACAUAGAAAUGGACAAACCAGACACACAACAUAGAAUGCCCACCCAGCUCACGUCCUGACCAACACAAAAACAAGGAAAACACACACGAACGAUGGUCAGAACGUGACAUGACCAAAUGUAUUUUUCUCUUCAUCAAUCUACACACAAUACCCUAUGGUGACAAAGCAAAAACUGAAAUAUAACAUUUACACUCUGUACUUUGUUGAAGCACCUUUGGCAGCGAUUACAGCCUCGGGUCUUCUUGGUUAUGACGCUCCAAGCUUGGCACAACUGUAUUCGGGGAGUUUCUCCCAUUCUUCUCUGCAGAUCCUCUCAACCUCUGUCAGGUUGGAUGGAGUGUGUCGAUAGCACAGCUAUUUUCAGGUCCCUUCAGAGAUGUUCGAUGGGGUUAAAGUCCAGGUUCUGGCUGGGCCACUCAAGGAUAUUCAGAGACUUGUCCCGAAGCCACUCCUGCAUUAUCUUGGUUGUGUGCUUAUGGUCGUUGUCCUGUUUGAAGAAGAAUCUUCACCCUAGUCUGAGGUCCUGAGCUCUCUGGAGCAGGUUUUCAUCAAGGAUCUCUCUAUACUUUGCUCCGUUCAUCUUUCCCUCAAUCCUGACUAGUCUCCCAGUCCCUGCCGCUAAAAACAUCCCCACAGCAUGAUACUGCCACCACCAUGCUUUACCGUUGGGAUGGUGUCAGGUUUCUUCCUGACGUGGCACUUGGCAUUCAUCAGACCAGAGAAUCUUGUUUCUCAUGGUCUGAGAGCCUUUUGCUCUAAGCGGGCUAUAAUGUUCCUUUUACUGAAGAGUGGUUUCCGUCUGGCCACUCUACCAUAAAGGUGAUUGACUGCUGCAGAGAGGGUUGUCCUCCUGGAAGGUUCUCCCAUCUCCACAGAGAAACUCUGGAGCUUGGUCAGUGUCCAUCGGGUUCUUCGUCACCUCCCUGACCAUGACCCUUCUCCCCAGAUUGCUCAGUUUGGCCGGGCGGCCAGCUCUAGGAAGAGUCUAGGUGGUUCCAAACUUCUUACUUUUAAAAAUGGUGAAAGCCACUGUGUUGUUGGGGAUCUUCAAUGAGACAGACCAUUUUUGGUACCCUUCCUCAUAUCUGUACCUCGACACAAUCCUGUCUCAGAGCUCUACGGACAAUUCCUUCGACCUCAUGGCUUGAUUUUUUUCUCUAACGUGCACUUUCAACUAUGUAUAUAUAUAUAGACAGAUGUGUUCCUUGCAGAAUCAGAAUUACUUAUGCAAAUAAGGUAUUUCAGAUUUGUAUUUUUAAUUUUGAAAAAAAAAUAUUUUGCUUUGCCAUUAUGGGGUAUUGUGUAGGUGGUCUGAAUACUUUCUGAAUGCACUGUAUAUAUUUCCUUUCUUGAUAUCUUAUCUUAGCUUCAUUCAAUUGUCAUGCACAUUGAUUGAUUAAGAAGUGUUAUGAGUUUACAUUGGUAUCUUAAUUGAGAGUUAUGAGGUUGGGAGAUUGGGAACCUAUUUAGCUGGUUAGCUGAAACCAACUUCAGAAAAUUGCUAGGUGGCUAGUAUUAAUGAGAAACAACAUUUAAAUGUUCCUAUUCAUCAAGAAGGAAUCAAUAGGCUACAUAAAUUGAGUAAAUUAAUUUACAAGCAUACCUCUGUCAGCUAAAAUCAAGUAAAAAGCUGUGUGUAUGUCACCCUCUCUCUCCUCCUUCACUGACGAUAAGGGCACUCACUAGUGACUAAAGUAUCUAGUGACCUGACUAAGCAUCUCUUUGCUCCGUGCACCUUGGAAGGAACCACUUACUAGGGAGAAUAGGGGGGAUACUCUUUGCCUGAUCCAGUUACUGUGCCCCCUCUGCCAAAUACCUCUGACCAAUUGUUUAGUAUAAUAAUAAUGAUAAAGCGUGGGCUUAGAAAUUACGUUUAGUCAUGAAUUUAACAUCUGAAAAUGUAAAAACAGGACAAAUAUGAGGAGGCAUGUGCCUCUGUACCCCCUACAUUACUUGAUGUAACCACGUCAGCAUCGAGUAAAAGCCUCAAUCUCCCAAGUGGACAUGAGCUGGAGCAGCUUUAACAAGGGGGAUGUGUUCCUGCUUGACCUGGGCAACCUCAUCAUCCAGUGGAACGGACCCAAGAGCAACCGUAUGGAAAGACUCAAGGGAAUGACUCUAGCCAAGGACAUCCGUGACAGGGAAAGAGGGGGACGGGCGCAGGUUAGCGUGGUGGAAGGUGAUGACGAGAAGUCUUCCGAGGAGGCCAUGAAGCUGAUGAAGCAGCACCUGGGAGAGACGAGACGAGACAUCAGGGACAGCAUCGCGUCUGAUGACGUGGUCGACCAGAAGCUGAGGUCCAGCGUCAAGCUCUUCCAUAUCUCAGAUGCCCAGGGGAACCUUGUGGUGCAGGAGGUAGCAGUGAAGCCUCUAUCUCAGGACCUGUUGAAUCACGAGGAUUGCUAUCUGUUGGAUCAAGGUGGUAUAAGGAUCUUUAUCUGGAAAGGAAAGAAGGCUUCCAAGACAGAACGGUCCAAGUCUUUGGAUAAAGCAGAAGCAUACAAGAAGGCGAAGGGCUACCCUAUCUCCACCUACGUCGAGACGGUGAAUGAUGGUGCCGAGUCUGCCGUGUUCAAGCAGCUGUUCCAGAGGUGGAGCGUGAAGGGUCAGACUGUGGGGAUGGGGACCACAAACAGUCCAGGCAAAAUUGCCAAGGUUGAGCAGAUAAAGUUUGAUGCUACAUCCAUGCAUGCAAGGCCUGACGUGGCUGCCCAGCAGAAAAUGGUCGAUGACGGAACAGGCAAAGCAGAGGUGUGGAGGUUAGAGGACAGUGAACUGGUGCCUGUGGACAGGAAGUGGUUGGGCCACUUCUAUGGAGGCGACUGCUAUCUCAUCCUCUACAAAUAUGAAGUCAGCAACAGGAGUCACUACAUACUAUACAUAUGGCAGGGUCGCCAUGCAAGCACCGGUGAGCUGGCUGCCUCUGCUUUCCAAGCCGUGAACAUCGACCAGCAGUACAACGGUGAGCCAGUUCAGGUCCGAGUGCCCAUGGGGAAAGAACCACUCCACCUCAUGGCCAUAUUCAAGGGCAAGAUGGUGGUCUAUGAGGAGGGGAGCUCCAGGGCCAACUCUGCACAUGUCCAGCCGGCGGUUCGUCUCUUCCACAUCCACGGCACCAACGAGUUCAACACCCGCGCCAUCGAAGUGCCAGCGCGCUCCUCGUCCCUCAACUCCAACGACGUCUUUGUGCUCAGCACUGACACUUGCUGCUAUCUGUGGUACGGAAAGGGCUGUUGUGGUGAUGAGCGAGAGAUGGGCAAAUCCCUGGCAGACAUCAUCUCCAGGAGGGAAAAACAUGUAAUCGCAGAGGGUCAGGAGACAGCUAACUUCUGGGUAAAUCUGGGAGGCAAGACCCAGUAUGCCAACAGCAAGAGGCUUCAGGAAGAGCACAACAACAUCACCCCACGUCUCUUCGAGUGCUCCAAUCAGACAGGCCGCUUCCUGGCCAUGGAGGUCACCAACUUUAUCCAGGACGACCUGGACGAAGAUGACAUCAUGCUGCUGGACAUCUGGGAUAUGGUGUUCCUGUGGUUGGGCAAGGGAGCUAAUCAAAUAGAGAAGGAGAAUGUGGUCCCCACGGCACAUGAGUACCUGAGGACCCACCCAGGUGGUCGAAAUGUGGACACCCCCAUCGUGCUGGUCAAACAGGGCUUUGAGCCUCCCACCUUCACAGGCUGGUUCCACGCCUGGGACCCACACAUGUGGAGUGGAGGGAAAUCCUACCAGGAGUUGAAGGCUGAGCUUGGGGACGCCAGCGACAUCAUCCAGAUCACCGUGGACAGAAGCACAUCCAACUCUACUCAAAAGAACUCCAACAGCAUUGGAGAACCACUGCUGUCCUCCACCGUUGGGGCCACCUUCCCUGCAGACAAGCUGUUGAACUGCCAAACAGAGGACCUGCCCGAUGGGGUUGACCCCACCAAGAAGGAGGAGUAUCUGUCCAAUGCUGACUUUGCUCUGAUCCUGGGUGUGUCCCGGGUAGAGUUCUACUCCAUGCCCACCUGGAAGCAGCAGAGUCUGAAGAAAGAGAAGGGUCUGUUCUAGGAGAAGAAUAUCUGCACCUCAGGUCUCAUUUUGACAGCGUAAAAUAGCAGCGUGCUGUCGUCAAAUCACACGGUAUCUCCUCAAAUACUCUCUUGGGAAUCUAUUUCAUAGGGAGGUUGGAAUGCAAGAACUAUACAUCUUAAUUCUGUAUCUUGAAUUUGCACCGUUAUUCGUGCAUCCUUAAACUCCAAUCAUAUUGCCCCUGCAUGGACUUUGCGUCAUUCCAAAUUAGAUGCACUAAAGCAAAAUUAUAGGGAGAAUAUCAGACAUGGCGAACACUAGCACUGCUUUUUUGCCGUGUCAAAAUUAGGCCCCUUGUGUUUUGUCAUCUAGCAUUGCAAUUCACUCAUUCACACAUUCUCAGAUAACCAACCUACUGUUGGUUAUCAAAUGACUGUGCCUUAGGCUUUUUUUUGUUUGUUCCUGAAAUGUUGCUGUUGUAAUUUAAACAAUCAAGUUAUGGAGAGGAAAAGUGUAGGGGAUAGGAAUAAUUAUAUACGUUUUGUUAUCUGAGAUUUAUCAUAGGCACAAUAAGCAGCACUUUUCCACUGAAUUGCUACUUGUGUCACCGAAUUCUACCUGGAUAUAUAAUGUAGAUGUCAAGCAUUUAAGACUAAGCAGGAGAUGAUAUUGGUUCUAUACUUUAUUUUCACAAUGAGACUUAUUAACAUUGAAAAAUAAACAUCUAAAAUGUUUCUUUGUAAUGCCAAUAUUCAGAGGACCGCAAGGGCUUAGUUAUAUGUUGUAGUGCAGAAAUAUAAAGAUGAGUUACUUCAUAUGCUUUAUAAUAUAAAUGUUUAGAUCUAAUGUAUCAAUGAUAUUCAAGAUUGUCAAAUGGGGAUAACCACUGCGGUAUUUAAUUUUUGCUAUGUUGGAUAAACACAGAUUAAUAUGUCUUGAUAUGAAGACCCUUCAGAUGCCAUGCUGAAUGGCAGUCAAUAAAGAUAAUAUUCCCCA